CGAUCAUGGAGUCUCAGGAGUGCGGCUGGCUGCUGUACAUCUCCCUCGCAGCGAAAUGCGGCGGCGAGCCCUACCGUGUCGUGGGCUUCGUCGCGGUGCUCGUCGUCGCCUUCGCCGUCACGUCGCUCGCGCACUGGGUGGCGCCCGGUGGCCCGGCGUGGGGGAGGUACUGGUGGAACAGGAAGGGUGUGGGCAUUGGUCACGCCAUCCCGGGCCCCCGCGGGUUCCCCGUCGUCGGAAGCAUGCCGCUCAUGGCCGGCCUCGCGCACCGGAAGCUCGCGGCGGCGGUGGCGACGGCGGGCUCGCCGGCGUGGCGGCGUCUCAUGGCGUUCUCGGUCGGGGAGACACGGGUGGUGGUCACCUCCGACCCGGACGUCGCGAGGGAGCUGCUCGCCAGCCCGGCGUUCGCCGACCGGCCGGUGAAGGAGUCCGCGUACGGGAUGCUGUUCCACCGCGCCAUCGGGUUCGCCCCCUACGGCACGUACUGGCGCGCGCUCCGCCGCGUGGCGUCCACGCACCUCUUCUCGCCGAGGCAGGUGGCCGCCUCCGCGGCGCACCGCGCGGUGAUCGCGCGCCAGAUGGUGGAUGCCAUGAAGUCGGCCGCCGCCGGAGCAGGCGGCGGCGUAGUCCAGGCGCGGCAGUUCCUGAAGCGCGCGUCGCUGCACAACGUGAUGUGGUCGGUGUUCGGGCGGAAGUACGAGCUGGCGGCGCCGGAGAGCGAGGAGACGGCAGAGCUGAGGAGCAUGGUGGAGGAAGGCUACGACCUCCUGGGGCAGCUCAACUGGUCCGACCACCUCCCCUGGCUCGCGCCCUUUGACCUUCAGAAGACCCGGUCCAGGUGCUCCUCCCUUGUCCCCCGCGUCACCCGCUUCGUCACCCGCAUCAUCGACGACCACCGUGCUCGCCUCACCCUCGCCGCCGACGACUUCACCGACGUCCUCCUCUCCCUCCACGGCAACGACAAGCUCUCCGACGCCGACAUGGUCGCCGUCCUCUGGGAGAUGAUCUUUCGAGGGACUGACACAGUGGCGGUGCUGAUCGAAUGGAUUAUGGCGAGGCUGGUGCUGCACCAGGACGUGCAGGCCAGGGUCCACGGCGAGCUGGACCGGGUGGUCGGGCCGGACCGGGCAGUGACCGAGUCCGACGCCGCCAACCUGGUCUACCUCCAAGCGGUCAUCAAGGAGGUCCUGCGCCUGCACCCGCCGGGCCCACUGCUCUCGUGGGCGCGCCUCGCCACGUCGGACGUACACGUGGCCGGGUUCUUCGUACCCUCCGGGACCACUGCCAUGGUGAACAUGUGGGCCAUCACACACGACCCCACCGUCUGGGAUGACCCGACAGAGUUCAAGCCGGAGAGGUUCGUCGUCCGGUCGCCGGACCAGGCCACCGAGUUCCCGAUAACGGGUUCGGAUCUCAGGCUAGCGCCGUUCGGGUCGGGAAGGCGGAGCUGCCCCGGCAAGUCGCUCGCGAUCGCCACCGUGGGGUUCUGGGUGGCCACGCUGCUACACGAGUUCGAGUGGCUCCCGCCGUCGGACGGGCCGCGACGUGGCGUCGAUCUGUCGGAGGUGCUGAAGCUGUCGUGUGAGAUGACGGCCCCGCUGGAGGCGAGGCUGAGGCCACGGCGAGCGGUGUGAUGACGUGCUACCGCCAUGUCAGACUUGGAGGAUCUGAGUGAGCUUCUACAUUUCUACUGGGGUUUAUCGAGGUGUGUGAAUGUAAAGUGACCCUCCUAAAGUAGAAAUGCGCCUAUGUAGAAUUAUUGUACACAAGUAGUAUAUAUAUAGGUAAUGCCGGUAUGUGUAUGUGUUUUGCAAGUCCUUAGUAGCAAGUGGUAGCUGAUAAUUAGUUAGUACUACUCUGCUAUUAUAGCUAGUUAACUACCUACCUGCAGGUGAUGAGAGUGACAGUUUUUUGUUUGAUUGCCUAGCUAGCUAGCUCUUUCAUAAGUGCACGCGUGCGUGUGUGUAUUUUGCUGUCAGAUGUAUGUUGUUUUCAGUAAUGUACAUGUUUUUGGCGAUCGUUUCCAUUAGGAAGUGAUCGCCCCUGCAUGCUUACCUCAAA